AUGCCGCUCGUCAGACGACAAAAUAUUGUCUACCACCAGGGCGGCGAGAGUUCUCGCUCUACUUCUUAUCACAGCGAGGAGGAAUCCACUCAACACGACGCCGAAUACUCGGUAGCCGACGACGAGGAAGAGUGGUACGACGAGGACGAGGACGAAGACGACGAAGACGGUCUUCAUCCUUCUGAUUCAGCUUCAGCUAGUAACGAGUUCCCGCCUUCGCGCCCCCGCGCCGCUGCUAGAACACCGCGCCGCCACCGAGUAACUCGACCACCUGUUCAAGACUAUCCUCCGGUGCCCUCGCACGCACCGAUACCUCCGCCCAGCGUGGAUCCAACAGAGGAUUUCGGCCAUUACGGCCAUGGCUAUCACCACGCUCCCCGUGGUGGUUACUACGGCGGACGCGGCCAACACCCCGGCUACCAGCAACAGCAGGGCCCUUAUAUGGGCGGAUAUCCAGGCGGAAACCAAAUGGUUCCAUACGGUGGCUAUGGCCCGAAUCCAUUCACGCCUAUGAGCAACAGCUCUAGUGGUGCCAGUUACUUUGGGGGUGAACCAAGACACAUGUACGACAUGAUGCCGUAUCAACAACCGGCAUAUUUUCCUGGACCGCAGUAUAACUUGCCUGCCCAUCUUCAACAAUUCCAUCUGGCCCCUCCGCCACCUCCGGCCACAGAGGCUCCUGCACAACCACCGACGCCUGCAGCCAAGGAGCCGCCUCCGGACCUGGAAAAGAUAAAACUUGAGGCACAAGUCGCUGCAUUCAAAGCUCAAGAGGAGAAAGCAAAGGCAGCUGAAGAACAGCGAGAACGCGAGGCUCAGAUUCGCAAGGAGGCUGAAGAUGCAUUCCAACGGCGGAUGGAGGAUAUGAGAAAGGCGCAAGAGGAAGCUCAGAAGGAGAUUGCGCGUGCCAGAGCAGAGGCGGAGCAGAAAGCACGGGAAAGAAUUGAAGCCGAGCGGAAGGCUGAGGAAGAACGGCAGAAAGCACAUGCCGAGGCAAUGAAGAGAGCUGAGGAGAAUGCAAGAAUCAAAUUCGAAAAUGAGCUCAAAGCCGCCGAAGCUCAAAGAAAGAAGGAAGCAGAGGACCGUGCUAGGGCCGAGGAGGCCGCCAAGGCUCGCGUUGAGGCUGCUAUCAAGGCUGAGGCUGCAGCGAAAGCAGCCGCAGAGCAGAAGGUCGCUGAAGAAGCAGAGAGACUCAAGUUGGCGCAAGAAGAGGCGAAGCGCAAGGCAGAAAUUGAGACUCUGAAGAGAAUCGACGAAGAGAACGAGAAGGCAAAGAAAGCCGCGGAGGCUGCAGCCGCUGCCAAGGCAGAGCAAGAGGCUCUGAAGAAACGCAUUGAAGAGGAAGCAAAGGCAAGCUUUCAAGCUGAUUUGAAGAAGAACGAGAAAGCUCCAAUCAGGUUCAAAGACGCAGUUGGUAGGAAGUUUAGCUUCCCCUUUCAUCUCUGCGCCACAUGGCAGGGCAUGGAAGAACUUAUCAAGCAAGCCUUUCAGCAAGUUGAUGUGCUUGGGCCUCAUGUCCAACAAGGCCGUUAUGAUCUGACCGGCCCGAAUGGAGAAAUAAUUCUACCUACCGUUUGGGACAAGGUCGUUCAACCAGACUGGAAUAUCACGAUGACUAUGUGGCCAAUGGAACAAAGACCCCAAGUACCAAAGAUUCCAGGGAUUAUCCCGGGCAUGGCCAGACGACAUGGCCCCGGACCAAUUCCGGUACCACCCAUGGUGCCUCCCUCACAGCGGCGUCCAGGCAUGCCGGCUGGUGCUGGGGUAGUACCACCACCUGGUUGGCCGACCGGCCGACGUGGCCCUAUACCAGCGGGAGUUGAUGUUGUGGAUGUUGCACCAGGGCCGGGAGCAUCCAGGUCUUCGAAACAUCACAAGUCGAAACGAGAUCCAUUGCUCGGAUUUUUGGCCGGCAAACCAACCAAAAAGAAGAAAUGA